AUGCUCCGUGGUUUGGAUUGGCAGCGCAGCGUUGCCGGCCACCCAGUUCGAGUCAGGCAGGCUAUUAUGCGACCCCCGGCUGGAAUUCUUGCCGAGGCUGAAGAUGCGGAGCGCUUAUUGGCCGGCGCCGUUGGAGAUGCCGUGCGGGAAUCUUCUGCCUACGACGGAUACUCCAAAACUAGCUACGGCGCCCAAGGCGGCGAUGAUUCUGGCGGCUUCUUCGCUGGAGGGGGUUCACAGCAAGGCAGCCAAGGUGGUGGCGGCAAGUCAUACCAAGAUGAAUCAUUACGACCCUUGACAAUCAAGCAAAUCCUCGACGCGGAAGAGCCGUACUCGGGUGCAGAGUUCAAAGUGGACGGCACUCCCAUCACACAAAUCACAUUCGUCGGCCAAGUCCGCAGCAUAAACCCACAGCAGACCAACCUGACAAUCCGGGUCGACGACGGCACAGGGCAGAUUGACGUCAAGAAGUGGAUCGACGCAGACAAGCAAGGCGACGCAGAACCCGGCUUCGAGAUUGAUUCACACAUCCGCGUAUGGGGCCGCCUGAAAUCCUUUUCCAAUAAGCGACACGUUGGAGCCCACGUCAUCCGGCCAGUCACAGACUUCAACGAGGUCAACUACCACCUGCUGGAGGCAACCUACGUGCAUCUAGUAAACACCCGGGGCCCUGCCGGCGCGGGAGCAAACGCCAACGGAGAUAGCAUGUUCGUUGACGGCGGCGACGGCUUCAAUGCUGGUGCUGGCGGCGCCCAGCUCCCCAGCAAGCUCUCUGGAUGCAGCACUGUUGCCAAGAGAGUAUACACCUACUUGAACGACACACCUGGAGGCAACGACGGAAUGCAUCUGAGCAACAUCACGGCAAGCACGGGCCUGGGAAUGCGGGAAGUCAUCACUGCGGCAGACGAGCUUUUGGGACAGGGCCUGAUAUAUACAACUGUGGAUGACGAGACAUGGGCCAUUUUAGAUUACUAAGAGCAGUUUGACACCGACGCAAAAAUCUUUUUUUUUUUUUUUGAUAUAUAAUACCUAGUGUAUGGUAGAGACAGGACUUGGUCAAGUGAGUUGAAAAAGGUAUCUCACUAAAUAGGAUGAAAAAAAAAACAGCAACAAGCAUAACGAACGAAGGAUAAAAUACAAAAUCUGUCCAAACUCAAGCUUACUUGAACGCAUGAUGUUAAUGAGCGACUGGGCAAUCGAUGUUCAAGCCACGCAACUUUCAAAAUCAAAAAGAGUCUUGUGAAGGAGAGAACGAAACAGAAAGGGGGUUCAAGCUUAUCAACAAUCUUGUCAAUCUUGUCAAUCUUCAAAUUCUCCAUACCAAACAAAGUUGAAGUAGCCAACUUCAAUCGCAGACAUUAGACUUUGACAGUCUCAAUCUGGUCCAGCGUUGGCACUGCUUCUUCGACUGCUUUGGCGGCUACGGCUACUGGCUCGCGCACCAUGAUGAACAGCGGCACAGGCACCGGCCCUCUCUUGAAGGAGAUUUCCUUGCGGUACUUGAAGCCGAAGCGCUCGUAGUAGCUGAUGUUGUCGCUGGAGCUGGAUUCGAGGUACAUGGCGCGGUUCUCGGC